AGUCCAAUCCUAUCAAACUUUAUAUAAGGCCUUCCACCUUCAUGAUGACCUUCCACUUUCAUGAUGAAGGCGCGGGGUAAGCGAACCUUCCCUUUCACUGUAAUCCGCAAGCAACAGCAACAAUGGCGAUAAGGUCGCUGCCUAGUCACGCCCUUGACUGUUUGUGAUUUUCUCUUCUGCUGGUGGUGGUGGUGGUGGUGGUUGCAAUUCUUAAACAAAUCGUUAUCUAAUUCACUUAUUCAGUCACGUUGUCUUUUUCUUUCUCUUCCUCUUCAAAAUCUUCUUGUCUGGUUCUCCUUUUUCCGCUUUGAGAUUGGAAUUUCGAUUGUGUCAAUUGCUUUCUUUUCGUUUGUAUAUGGAGAGGUAAGGGGUAAUUGGAAGUUUUGGACUCGUGGUUUGUUAUGCAUUUGGGUUAAAUCUUAAGAUGGGUGUUUUUGUUGUGAGAAUCCAAAGAUCUGUCUUUAGAAUUUUGGAGAGGAAAAUGAAGGAUUUCCCUGGGACGCCUGGGACCCUCACGGGGUUGGUUCUGAGGAUUUCACAGUGCAUUUGUGCUGUUGGAUCAAUUGCUUCCAUGGCUACCACAUCAGGCUUCUUUAAUUUCACGGCAUUUUGUUACUUGCUAGCUUCAAUGGGUUUACAAGUCAUAUGGAGUUUCGUGCUUGCUUUGUUGGAUGCAUAUGCUUGGAUGAGAAAGAAGGUCAUCCACAAUGCCAUACUGGUAACAUCAACAUUAUCUCUAGCAGCAGCUUCUGCCUCAGCUGGCAUUACAGUUUUGUACUUCAAUGAUUUGGGACACUGCAAUUUUGGAGAAGAAUGCCAAAAGUAUCAGAUUUCUGUUGCUUUUGCUUUUAUGAGCUGGAUUACAAUUUUGAUUUCAUCUUUAAUUAUGCUUUGGCUUUUGGCUUCAGGGUAAUUCACCAGAAUUCUCACAUCUAAACAGAACAAGUUGAAAAUCCUCCUUCAAAUUUUUCUCUGAUCAUGUCAACACGAAAGCAAGUUGAUUAUAUUACUGUGACCCAAAUUUUUCUCUUAUAAUUUGUUUGAGGAAAAGGUAAAGUGUAUAGGUGUUUUCAUGAUUUUCAGGAGUUUCAUGAUGAUUUACAAAAGCAGAGGCUGCAAUUGGUUUGCUAAUAGGUGUUCUUAUUUAUAUGUCCUUUUUUAAUUUUUACUCUUUUUUGGUUAUUCCAUUACUUCGUAUCCUAGAAAACUUGUGGAUUAUCACUUCUUGCUCAGACUUAAUCUAAACUCCCAUUGUGUGGAGCCGUUGUAUCAAUUGGCGGCCUUAUAAGUAUCUCGGGGAUUUUUUUGGUGUAUUUAUUUAACGUAACUACAUAUUCAGGACUUGGAAA